AUGCCCAUAGCACUGUCCCCUCCGUUCCGGCCAAGAAAUGGCUUGACCAAGUUCACCAACUGCCGCCUCCUGCGCGGCGAUAAGCUGGUCGAGGAGGAUCUCUGGGUCAGCUCGCUAUCCGGCAAGGUUGUCAACAGCCAGGCUGCCUUUUUCGACGACCUCGUUCUCCCCGACCAGACCAUCGACCUCGGCGGCCGCAUCGUCUCACCGGGCAUGAUCGAUGUGCAGCUCAACGGCGCAUUUGGGUUCAACUUCUCGACGCUGCUCGAUGACAUGUCACAGUACGGCAAAAAGGUCAAGGAGGUGCAGAAGUUGCUGGUGCAGACGGGCGUCACAGCGUACAAUCCCACCAUCACCAGCCAGAGGCCAGAACUAUACCAGAAGGCUCUUCCGUUCCUGGGACCGUCAGGGCACUUGCAGGAGGCCGAAGAUGGGGCCGAGUCGCUCGGCGCUCACUGCGAGGGGCCGUUCCUCAGCCCGACCAAGAAUGGCGUGCACAACGUCGACGUGUUGAUAGAGGCGCAGACGUACGAGGAUCUCGAGGCGUGCUACGGCAAGCACAAUCUCACGCCUCGCGCCGAGGGCGACAAGAUCCCCAUCAAGUACAUCACGGCGGCGCCGGAGCGCGGCCAGAUGAUGAAGCUGAUCCCGGAGCUCACGGCCAAGGGCAUCAUCUACUCGGUGGGACACUCCGAGGCGACGUACGAAGAGGCGUCUGAGGCCGUGGGCCAGGGCGCGACCAUGAUUACGCACCUGUUCAACGCCAUGCGUCCUCUGCAUCACCGAAACCCAGGCAUCUUCGGCGUCCUGGGCAUCGCCGAGAGCCUGCCGCGGCCGUACUUUGGCAUCAUCGCCGACGGCAUCCACUUACACCCAACCACCAUCAAGAUUGCCUUCAACUCACAUCCCGACGGAUUCAUUCUCGUCACCGACGCCAUGCACCUUGUCGGACUGCCUGACGGCGCAUACCCGUGGACCAACGGUGACACGACGUGCAAUAUCGUCAAGGUGGGAUCCAAGCUGCUGCUGGAGAACUCGAACACCAUUGCCGGCAGGAUGGGUAUGCUAACAUUAGAGCCAAACCACCCCAGCUCCAUCACCCUCCUCGAAUGCGUCAACAACUUCCUGCAGUGGACAGGCACCGGAAUUCCACACGCGCUCAAGGCCGUCACGGCCACCCCCGCGGCCAUGCUGGGCUUGCAGGGAGUCAAAGGAUCGCUUGACGCCGGUGCUGACGCUGACCUGGUCAUCUUUUCAGAGGCGAAGACGCCCGACCGGCCCAGCACUCUGGUAUUGGACGAGGUGUGGAAGUUUGGCACCAGAGUUCACCGCGUCAUCCACAAUUUGUAG